AUGGCUAAUCUCUCAUUAUCAAUCUUGGUGUUUUUAAUACUUUCUCUCUUGAUUCAACAGAAUGAAUGUGCAAAUAUCGAUGUUUAUGAAUUGAAACGAGGCGAUUUUUCGAUCAAGGUUACCAACUAUGGUGCCACUGUUUUGUCUGUCAUGCUCCCUGAUAGAAACGGCAAAGUUGAUGACGUGGUGCUUGGCUAUGACUCCGUUAAGGAUUACUCUAAUGGUACAACAUACUUUGGUGCUCUUGUGGGGCGUGUGGCUAACAGGAUUGGAGACGCUCGUUUUACUCUAAACGGCGUCGUGUAUCAUUUGUCCGCCAAUGAUGGCAACAACACUCUCCAUGGAGGUAAAACGGGAUUCAGUACGGUGAUAUGGACAGUUAAAAAAUUCCUCUAUCAACACCAUGUUACUUUCACUUACAACAGCAAGGAUGGCGAAGAUGGAUUCCCUGGUGAUGUUUCGGUGGAAGUUACAUACAUGUUGAUUGGUACGAAUAAGCUGGCUCUGAGAAUGAAAGCGAAGCCUAAGAACAAGGCCACUCCGAUAAACCUGGCUUCACACACUUACUGGAAUCUGGCAGGGCAUAACAGCGGUGACAUUCUGUCACACACCAUUCAACUAUUAGCAUCCAAGAUCACCCCGGUCAAUAAAGACUUGAUUCCUACAGGCCAGAUCGUGCCCGUGGCAGGGACUGCAUAUGAUUUCCUAAAGGCCCGUGAGAUUGGAAGCAAAAUCCUUGAACUUGCAGAUGGAUAUGACAUCAAUUAUGUGCUCGAUGGCACGGGUAAGAAGCAUUUUCACAAGGCUGCUGUAGUUCACGACAGUAAAUCAGGGCGAAAGAUGGAGCUCUGGACUAAUCAACCAGGAGUUCAGUUUUAUACCAGUAAUAUGAUAGCCAAUGUGAAGGGAAAAUCAGGGUCUUUUUAUCAGAAGUACGCUGGGCUGGCCUUGGAGACUCAGGGAUUCCCUGAUGCAGUAAAUCAGCCGAAUUUCCCUUCACAAAUUGUGAGUCCAGGGGAGACUUAUGAGCACAUUAUGCUCUAUAGGUUUACAGCAGAGUAGAAUGAAGCUUUUGUCUAGCUUUGUCUUUCUUCUUCCAAGUAGUUUUCUUUUUGUUGGGACAUAUGUCAGUUUUAUUUUCUAAAUAAUUCAAAGUAUAUG